AGAUAAAUUUUGACGCAACAUCCACAGAUUUUGACAUUCCACCGAAAUUCCAAUCACAAAUUGACAAAAUGUCCUAAUCACUCGAAAUAUGUCCAAAAAUGUGGAGAGCAGAACAGCAUCUCAAACAUUUUCGAAGAAUGUUGAAAGUAUAUCAGAAUCCUCCGAGGGGGAUGAGAAAACUAAGAGUAAUUCCGCGCAGUCUUUGAGGUUAACAUACGCGCCACACUCACAAAGUAGCCUCAAACUGAAAGAUGAAUCGGGCAGUACCACUUCAACAUCCUCUGGCAAAUCCAGGGAUAAACACUACAUCACCAAGGUUCAACCCAAAUCCGCCUCGUGUUCAUUCACACCUAUAGAGUCCGACGAAAGAGUGCUACCCGAGGAAGAUGAAGAAUAUUCGUCGAAACUGAAGAAGGAAAUGAAUGUCCAGAUGGUUCUCAGUGAAUCCCACGAAGAGAGUUCGAGUAAAAACGGAUCUGUCGAAGAAAAUAGUACGUUCGAAGACAUCCCCUUGACUGAUGUUGAUGAAAGUUCGCGAGUAAAAUCCGAUGAAUCCUCUAAAGAUGCUAGUAUGGAUUCUAUACCCAAAGACAUAAACAGAUCGUCUAAUAGGAUUCUGUCAGGGCCCAGGAUGACCACAUCUGAUUCCUUCAUAUCAAUCAACAGGAAAUAUUUCCCGGAUAACGGUCGAAAGUGCAUCCCGCCUACGGAAAUAGAUGUGAGAGCUUGGGAAAACCCAGGCUCUUCGGAAAAACCGCCAGCGGUCAUAGUUCAAAACAAAUCCGACGCCGACUCUGAACGGACCUCCAGUUUAACACCGGUCAGUCUGUUCGAAAACGAAAAAUACAAAACGUUCACUGACUCAAACUCUCACGACGACGACAUUAUCGAGUCCAUCAAGCCCCCGAACGGCCGGAAGAAGUCGACGGCUGGGAAAGUGGAGUUCAAAAAGGGGAUAGAAUUGAAGAACAGCUCCCUGUUAUCCAUCCCUUCGACCGUAUGUAGAAUUUGCCACACUAAUACGGUGAAUGAGAGGCUUUUGUCUCCCUGUUAUUGCAAGGGAAGUCUUGCCUACGUUCAUUUAUCUUGUCUGGAGAGAUGGCUGAACCAGUCUAGCCGGAGUUACUGCGAGCUCUGUCUGUACCAAUAUAACGCCGUCGAGACCCUCAGAUACGGCUUCUUCGAGGGUAUCAGACUGUGGGUUCGUCAUCCCCGAAACAGGAAUCACGUCAAGUCGGACUGUCUUAUUGCUUUUCUCCUCACUCUGGUCACUUUGGGCUUGUUGGUGAUAUGUUUCAUCGGGAUGGAUUACUUCAUGAUUGAAGGCAUCAAGUUGGGCUUGUCGAAGAUGUGGACUAAGAGUUUUAUUGUGUCGUUUCUGGGGGUCAUCAUGAUGGGGUACGUGGUCACUAUGUAUCUGAUUGUCAAAGACCAGUUCGUGCCUUGGUACACAUGGUGGAAGAACACUCUUAACAUAAGGCUACUCCUAAGUCCAACAGUUAUGCAAACACAGAGGAUAUAGUGGUGGAGAUUCGAGAGAAAUUUUCUUGUUUCCGAUAUAAAUAGAGGCAUUAUAUCUAAGGGGCUGUGUGAUACAUACAGUGAUCAAUCUAUGUGUAUAAACGAACACUUUUAAUGUGAAUGUAGUAUGUUCGCUGUCGAAAUCCGGUGUGAUAUUUUUGAAUUGAUUUUAUCCAUCAAUUGACGUGUUGAAUUUUUUAUAGUAAAUGAGAAAACAAAUAUGAAA